AUGGACGGAAGCAGCAGCGGACGAGGCGGACGCAGCGGCAGAGGCAGAGGCCGCAAAGGGAAGAAAAAGGGCAUCGCGACUGGUGCUUCGGGGGUCGUCACGCCGGACAAGACCGUGAGAAGCGCGUUGCACAGCGGGACGAAGAAAGGGGGUACAGUCCUGCAGUCGGCGGAUCAUCUUAGUGGCGGUCGUGCAGCACCAGUGGCCACGUCGCAUACGCUACGGCGAGACGACGGUGGAAAGAUGGCUACAUUUGGACCUGAGGAGCUUGGUCACGCCACAAUGAACAAGAACAAGCGCAAGCGACUCAAGAAAAAGAUGGUGGGGCAAGAGACGACGACAGGAAUGAGGAAGAAGACGAAGACGGUAGGAGAGGCGACGUCGGAAGUGCUGGAGGUGCCGUCUGUUCAUCCACGACCGCUGCAAACGGGUCCUACUAUUGCUGCUGCUGCUGCUGCUGGUGAUUUGGUUCCAAUUGUCACGCCUCACGUCGUGUCGUUGACGGGUGGCAAGCGGAGCAAAAAGAGGAAGCGCCAUGUUUCUGCGACGUGUGAAACUAAGGGGGGAACGUUGAUGGCGGCUUUGAAGGACGGAGGAGCGACGAUCGAGAGCAAAAAGUCGCUAGUGCCGGCGCGGCCGUUGGGUGGAUCAAGUGUCGGACAGGCUGCGACGAAGCUGCAUGCUGUGGGAGCUGCAGGAAUGAAGAAUACUGUGGUGCAGGUGCGAAAAACGUCAACGAAGUCACAAGCACAGGAAACGCAAAAGAGUGAGAGCACGACGACUGACUUGAUUUCAGCGAACGCGCGGUCAGUAGCAAUUACAAGCGCAACGGCCAAGAAGGUGAAUGCUGAGGUAGAAGGGGACGCUGCUCAACUUGGUGGGAUUUCGACAUCUGUGCUGGACAAGCCCCUCGUAAGUGUAAAAAAACUGAAGCCGAAGGCUAAAGUUCCUGAGGUCCUUGCUACGACCAAAGUUUCCAAGUCAACUGCAGCGCAAGCAAGUAGAGCUCACCAGCAGCCUUUAUUGCAGCUACAGCCGAAGAGCAAAAUCCAGCAGGUUGCUGUCGUGGUAAAUGCUUUCGAGUCAAAUGGGCCGCAGGCAAGUAGGGAUCUCCCGCUAUUUUCCAAAGCUGGAGUUCGUGAGGCCGCUGAUGAGGCAAAAGCUCCCAAGCCGACAGCGUUACAGCAGCCGUUACCUCAAGCCGAUGCAGCUAUUGCGACGACGCGGAAAUGUGAUACGACAACGACCACUUCGCUUGCUGAAGUGGCAAUGACGAAAAAGUCUUUUGCAAAUUCCGGUACCAGUCCGUCCCCAGCUACUAUCGAUGACGAAUUUGUACAUACAAGGUCAGUACCAAGCGUCUCGACGACAGAUGUAGCCGAACUUUUGAAACCGUCACACGCUGCCGUAUCUGGUGGUUGUGUUCGUGGUAAGCAUGCCUUGGAUGAGACGACGCGGAGUGAGGCAAUCGACACUUCGCUUGAUACCACCGAGACAUCUUCUGCUGUGGUCGUCAGCAAUUCAUCGCGCCAACUAGCAAGUACACAGUCCGUAUCGUCACCGUCAGAAUGGUCUCAGACUGUUCGCCACAAGCGACAAUUACCUCAUGAUCUGGGGCCAGCGAUCUCCGUGACCCCCUUUCUCCCGCCCUCGAAGCGAAGUGCGGUAGAAAGAAAAGUCGCAGCUGCUGCAGUUCAAGAAACAAGACCAGACGAAGUACAACCGUCUGCUGAUCAGGAAGCAGCUGUGGUAGACCAUGUGUCGAAUCAUCGCACACCAAACCCAGCGGAUACUGCAGUCAAUAUCCCGACACCCGACGUGCUGGCGAAAACUGGCGUGAUCGCAGAAGAUGAGCCACAUUUGCCAGUGGAAGAAGGCUCGCCUACCUGCCAAACUGCAGCGAAAAAGGUAGGCGAUUUAGAAUCUGGCAAUUCGCGUCAUCUUUUGGCACCAUCCACCGAACAAAUGGUCGAUACGAUGCCACUCAGGCAGCCUGAGCGCUCUUUGGUGCAGAUUCAGACGACAUCGUCAAGCAGCUGCAGGACUCCAGCUAACGGAUUGAGACCGUCAACCAUGAUGAAAGGGGGUGUUUCCGUCACAGCUUUGAGUACAGGUGGGGAAAGUAGCUCCGAAUCUGCUGCAAUAGCUGUCGAAAGCAGUGCAAAGGCCACAAACGCUGGCGUUAUCAUUGACAGCCCAGCGAAUGUGCAAAAAGUGAUGAAAACUGGAUUGGAAAAGAAUCGUCUUGGCAAUGCUUGCCCUACACAAGCCGGGCAGCCAACCGUCAGCUCGGCUUCACGUCCUUUAAAUGCUUGGGGCGCGUCAUUUGGUAUGGUUCCACCUGCUCACGAUGUAUCGUCCAUGUCGCGAACGCUAUCGACUACGCCAUUGAGCUCCUGGUUUCUAUCAAAAGGUAGUGCAAAUUUCGUGAAGCAGGUUCAUUUCUCAGACGACGAUGCAGACGACGACAGCAGCAGCAGUGGAGAGGACGUUUUUUUGGCUGAGGAGCUUCUUAUCUCAAACGCAGUCGAGAAAGCGUCAUUCAAGAGAAGAGCAUUAAUGACGAAGAAGAACGCUUUUUUGGGAUCGCUCUUGACACAGUCUCACUGGCGUAGUUGGUAUGGCAGUGUGGAUCCGCAAAAUCUGUUGGAUCCUCCGCUGACCCACGUACCAGAGAAACUACGCAACCACGAGAUAACUUUCUUCUCGGUUCCAGAAGAAACGAUCGAAAAUGACAACAGUGUCAGUGCGAAGAAGACGAAUGAGCUCGAAAGUCUGGAGGCCAGUAUCAGAAGAGAAAAGCAGAAGGGUUCUGCGUUCAGUGAGCAGCUGUUGAUGAUGCUUCGAGGCAAGACCAUGUCCGGCAAGUCUCUCGAAGAGGAAUAUGGAUCUUUAUUGCAAUAA